AUGGAUCCAUCUUCAGUAAAGAAAUCAAAAGCAAAGAUUAAGAAGCUAUUCUCAACCAAAUACACGAAUGAGGAACUUGAAUCAAUCUUAUAAAAAGUGUAAUCAUUUGAUGUGAAGGAGUAACUACCUGAAAUUUUGAAGCCUGAAGCAAAUGAAGAAUGCAAAAAGUUUUUGGGAAGCGAUAAUAAGAUUACCCUUACAAAUGUUUAGUAAAUUGUUAAUUAAGUGCAAAACCUAUAAGGCAAAGUUCUGAUUUUAGAUACUAGGUCUUAAUUUCAAUUCCAUUUGAGUCAUUUUGAAAAUGCUAUUAAUUUCCCAGUUAACCUUUGCAAUGACGAAUUUUUUACAAAAUGGGAUCCUAAAAACAUAUCUGACAACAUCAUCAAGAACAAGGUAAAGAAGGAACUAUUUGAAGCAAGAAGAAGAAUGUAUGUUUUCAUCAUAGCAUCUCAAAAUGAUAUCACUCAUUAUCUAGAAAAGCUGCCAAAGAUGUUUGAUCCUUAAUCAUUAGAAAAUUACAUUAACAAGUAUAUUGAAAAUAAGGAUGUUAUCGAAAAUUUGGUAUCUAUAAGAAAUGCAUUGCUUCUUUUCAAAGCAUUGAAAAAUGAAAGGAUCAGAGAAAUGAAUCUCUGCAUCAAUGGAUUCAACACAUUCAAGCAAAAGUAUCCGCACUUCUGUAAAUUCAGGACUCAGUUCCUCUAUCCUAAAAAGUAAUUCAUCAUUAUCGCUAAAAUUUUACUCUAUAGUUUUAUUGCAACAACAUAUCCUAGUGAAAUUUUAGAGAAGAGACUUUAUCUUGGAGACCAUAUCCAUGCUUUCAAUUUACUCCAAAUUUAUUUAGCCGAAAUUGAUAUUGAGUAUCUCAAAAUUAACAUUGAGGACACAUCAAGUGUUCCAAUCAAAUUAUCAUUCCCUGUUGCGUUCUAAUUUUUGGAUCAAGCUUUUAAUGAAUGCAAGCUUCUGACUAGAGAUAAAUCUAAAAGGAAUAAUGCAUUGGUAGACAAUAGUGUAUUAACUUCAAAGGAAUUAAGAGAGAGAUCAGGAAGCAUAAUUAACUCAACAGCCUUACUUACACCAAUCCAAGCUGAUUUUUUAAAUAACAAAAUGAAAAGAGUACCUAAGCAUGAAGAACUAGUCGCGCACAAAAUCGAUAAGCAGAUUGAUCUAUUCAACAGACUCUCCUAUAAUCAAAAUGUAGUGCUAGUACAUUGUGCUAUGGGAGUAUCAAGAUCUGCAUCAUGUGUUAUCAUGUACAUAAUGAAGAUGUUUAAACUUGGAUUUGAAGAUACUUUAGAAUUCACAAGAGCAAAGAGGCAUGUAGUUGAUCCUAACCAAGGAUUCGUGCAGCAGUUAAUUGAAUUUGAAGAUAUGGGAAUGCAGUUUGUCAAUCAAGAUCUCAAAGCCUAAACAGCUCUUCAAAAUGAGGAGAACAAUUCUCCUUCAAGAAAUAUGAUGUUUUCCAAGAGAGGAAGAACAACUAUUUUCGAUUGA